AUGGAGAGUCAAUUCGGAAUCACGGAGUUUUUGCUUGGUCAUCAACUCGCACCGAUUCGGAACCAGUACCUAUCGAAAAGUACAGAUCUCUACAUCCAGGAAGUCAACGGUAACUCGAAUCAUGUAAUUGUGUAGUUAUCUCAAAAAUUUCAGAAAACGGAGAAGAAGUCAUUCCAGCUCGUAAUGCGGUUAUCCGAGCACCGCCCGAAAUCGGCGGUAUCAAUCAGAACAUCCAAAAACUUAAUUUCAUGUCCGAUAUAAAUCUGUUGGAAUUGGACAGGCAUUUCACCAACGGAGGAAAACGUGUUGUGAUGAAAGUCAAUCCAAAUGAUUGGAAGAAGAGAAGAGAGCUCAAAGGAUUCUUGGAACAGCGAUAUAAUGGAAGCAUGGUCUCAAAACAGCAAGGAAGGUCGAUUGUGGUCUCACAUAUAUCCAUGCUCAAAGAACGCCCAACUUGGGAUGAGGGGACGCCAGUUUUCUGUCACUUCACACUGGCGAAAGAGAAUAUGGAUAUGCAGGAGGCAUUGGCAACAAUUGCAAAGGCUCUCGGGUCAGUAAUUAUAAUAUUCCGAUUUCAGCUUGCGGCUAACAAACGUUUUCCUUUACAGCUAUAUAGAGGUAACCGACUUCACAUUCAAUGAGGACAAGGGGCAUCGGGCAGUGAGCAGUCAACGAGUCUGUGUGCGCCAUGUUCUCGAACGUACCCUGCUCCAAAUCAACAAUGGAAUGUCGAAAAUCAAAGUGUUCAACGUAGAAUAUAAAAAUGAAGCUAUUCAACCAUUCAGCAACAAAGGGAACCAAUUCACCGUCAUUCUAAGAAACAUUGCGGAAGAGUCGAUCAACGAACUUGCCGAAAGGUUCAAGGGGCUCGAAUCGACUGGAUUCAUAAACUACAUCGGUUAGUUACUGAUUCUGAAAACAUUUGGCAACAAAUUAAAUUCAGGCACACAUGCGAUCGGAAUGAAGUGCCAUAUCGCUUCCGAAGCAGGACUGGCAAUCCUUAAAAAGAAUUUCGAGCGUGCAGUCAAGCUCAUCCUUCUAUUUUGUCAAAAAGAUGUGUGGUCCCCAGCUCUCCAGCUGUUCUUCACCACCGGAGACGCGAGACAAGCUGCUGCCGCUCUGACGGCCGUGGACACACUCAACGCGGGACGCUUCCUCACCACGCUCAAGGACGGCGGCACUUUCCAAGCAUGCAUCGACAAACUGCCACGUGCGGAGGCCGAGAAGUUCGUUCAUGCCUACCAAUUCCAUCUCUGGAAUAAGUUGGCAACGGAGCGGAUGAGGGAGGGCGGGUAUCGAGUGCUCGGUUACGACUUGGGAGCGGAUGGGCAACCACUGGAACUGUGUGCCCCCGUCUUUGACAUUCACCUUCCGAUGCCUGGAUGUCAGACGGAACAGAGUGAAGAUACGUAUUCAGGACGGCACAUCCUCAGACUGCUCGCGGCGGACGGCAUCACGCUCAGUGAUUUUCAAUCACUCGAGAGGUUAGUUUACCCAUUUCUCCUUAUUCUCAUUAAAAACAACGUUUCUAAACUUCAGAUUGAAGUAUUCCACCCGACCGAGACCACUCUUCAUGCGAAUGUUCAACUUUUCCUCCUGCGUCAUCGAAUAUUCAGAGAACGACAUAUUACAAGCGGGAGUCCGCACUGGGAGAAACAAUUACAGCGGAUCUCUCCGAGCUCUCAAGAUGUCGUUCUUCUUGCCUCCCGACGCCUACGUCUCCGCUGCGCUUCGGGAGGCAACCAGCACGGACAUGAGCCAGAGAGCUCAUGUCGACGCAUCAAAGCCGCAGACAGCUGACGACUUCAUGCACUCGGAGCACAAACGUCAUGAGCUCGAGAUAUUGUGUCGGUGA